CGGAAUCGAGUGUUAAAAAACCGGGAAAGUUUCCACGAGAAACUACAGAAACAGUACACACAUCGGCCUAGCUUGGUAAUUUGGCAAUAAAGGAAUCGCUAAUCUCUUCGUAGCGUAACGAAUACUGCAAAUCUGGAUGACAAGAACGAAGUUAUGAUCACCGCCUCGGAGCCACUGGAAUACAUUCCUCGAGGCCGUCAGGCGGCGAACCUACACCCCGGGCAGUUCUGGAAGGUUCAACAUGAGCCGGAAGAACACGAGCUGACGGAGCGGCUGCAGGCCGUAAGCAUUUCGGCCGAUGACAAGGCGCAGGAAGAGGAGAAGGAGUUCUACUCCUUGCGCGGUCCUCGGUCGAAUGCGGUUGGCCCGGAAGGUUGGAUGCAAUCGGAGACGAUCUACAAUCACACCGAGGAGGAGCUGUACGUGCGCGGCAAUCUGGCAAUAUGGACGCGCGCACUCGGCAAAGGAGAAACUACCGUAAAAGGCGGCAAGAGCUUGCCACGGGUCGUGCAUUACUGCGAGACCGUUAUCCAGCAUGCGUUUUUCGCUCCGAAUCAGUUUCUCGUCAACCAGACCGUGCAGGCCGGGAAAGAGAAUGCCGCCAAGAGCGGACCAACCGGCUUCUGUGUGAUCGAUCAGCAGCUCCUGAACGUGUACUGCGACACGGGCGAGAUGUAUAGUGCCAGGGCGGAAGGACCAAUAUCCGCCAUCUGGCCCGUACCGUGUGGCAUUUUGAUUGAGAAGGAACCUUCCACCACAACGCUAGAUGACCAUGAUCGAGCGAUUCCGAUGCCGCGACUCUUCACACUCACCUUUCCGACGGACGAUAUGCAUCCGGUGAUGUUAACCUACCUUACCCAGGGCAUUCUUACCGAGCCGUACCGGGUCGUGUUUUCCAGUGAGCGGCUCGACGUGGUCAUAAUGUACGAUGAGCACAAACAGCUGCACUUUAUCUGCCGUCUUCAACCAAUUCCGGCGGAGCGUUCGGAUGCGAUGCUGGUGGAUGAAAGCGUUGCCAAGGAGGCGCGCCAAUUUCCGUUCGAGGCCGUCCAAGCAGGCGUUCGCGGAAAUACACUCGUGUUGGGCAACAAACACAAAGCGAAUAAGCAAAGGCAGGUCGGUGGUAUCUCGGACCGGCUCGGUGGUAACGAUGUGCCGGAAUUAGAUGUAUCCAAGCAGCGCGAAACUCUGGGAACAACUGCAGCAGACACUUACACGUCCUUACACUUAACCGCACACGGAGGACAGCAGGGGCAUGGUCGUACUACCUCACCACUUUCGUUCAUGGGUGAGGAGACACACAUGCCGUUGUACGAACCGUUUGGCUAUCGGAAUGUUACCGCCGCCAAACCAAUCCUACCGGAGUACGAGUUGGUGCGCAUCUGGACGGAAGAAACGGAACCGUCAACGAGGGGAUCUCCCAUUUGUCUGCAGACGGAACCAGCAACGAUGGGGUUCUUGCACACGGAUUUGGCCGGCUGCCAGUACCUGUGCUAUCUGUGUCCGUCGAUCGGACGCCUCACGAUGCUACCGUACGAACCGGACAGCAAAAGCAUCAAACAGAACCAACAGGAGCAGAGUAGAAUCAUUUCCGCUUGGGCAGCGAUCGAAGUGGAACGGCUUAACGUGUUCGCCGUAAUCACACCCUGGACCGGUCAGUUGCUGCUGUACAGUGGGCCGCUCCGCAUCGGCAAGGUGCAUCUAACUGGUCUGCUGUAUGCGAACUUUCUCUCGGCUAGCCGGCCUAGCAACAACAGUAGUAGCUCGGCAAUGAACGGCGGCCUCAUGGCACCGCCGCCUACUGGCGUGUCAUCAUCAUCGUUUGGGUCGCUUCCGCGACGCAGCAGCCUACUACCAAACGCGCUACCAGCCCAGGCCGAUCGAAAGUUCGAAGAGGACCUACACGGCCUGUCACCCGUAAGGCCGUCCGUCGGUAUUGGCCACUGUUUCAGCAGUGGCAGCACCAUCGAUUCGGUCCUUCCAAACGCCAUCGAAUCGACGGUGACGUUACGCGAUCCGAUCGAGAAUCGCUUCACGAUCGCGUACGGUGAUCGUCACUUUCGUCUAGCGUUACCGGCCGUGGCGGAGUCACCGCUGGUGCGCCGCGUACUGAAUGCCAUCCGCACGACGCUGCCCGCCUGCCUAGCGCUGGAAUUUCUCGUCCGCUGGUACGCCAUCCGGAACGUGCCGGGCUCGCAGGAAGACAUGGGCAUGCACCAGGAGUGGCAGCAACUGCGUUCACUGCUGUACAACGCACUCGGCCGCCCACUGGUACCAUCGGCCACUGCCGCUAAUAACCGUUCACCGGGCGAAGAACCGAAGAAACGCCGAAAGGAUGAACGGCGAACACAGGGGACCUGCUCCGAUUGGGAGUUUCUACUGUGUCACGCCUUGGCUGUCAAUGAUGAAGUGGGUGCAGGUCCGAAUGCUGGAUCAGGACGACCAUACGAACAGCACGAUCAGCGCAUCCUCUACCCUCAUCUGCCACGACUGUGGCAGUGCCUGCACCUGCUGUACGAAGACCUGCGACUGGAUGCGGGUAUGCUGGAAGGCCAGCGGUUACUGGGCGAGUUUCUGUUCUGCCUUGCGGUCGAUGCCGGUCUCGAACGCUUCCAGCUGCACUAUCUGACCGAUUUCCCGGUGUUUACCACCGAUCAGCAGCAAAACCGUUGCCGGAUCGAUGAGCCGGCGUUACUCGAGCAGCUUUGCCACGGGUUCGCGAGUCCUGCGGGCGAUCCGCCACAUCUGUACCGGUAUCUCGAGCAGCUGGUGUUACGGGGCAACGAUCCAAAGUACCUCGAGCUGUCCCCUUUUCGUGUGCAGCCGCACGUGAACGAGCUGACCCGGGAUGUAGUUUUCUUGUUUGCGGUUCUGUAUCGUGUUCAUAGUCUCCGUGGUUGGGUAGAGGCGUGCCUGGAGGAGCUGCAGCUACCAGCACUGGAUGGCCAGAUCACCUGGGAUGACACCUCACCGCAAUCACAGAUCAUCGUACGUUUCUUGGUGGCGCGUGGUUAUUCCCGUGCACGCCUCAACAAUCUACCAUUUGCAAUCCGGUUCGUGGUGCUGCAGUGUCUGGAGACGUACCGGGGCAACGUUCGACACAAGUUGCCACGUAACGUGUACGAGGAGCUGCUGCUACGACCCGAUCUCAGUGAACAAACGUACCACGCGAGUCUUCGCGGUGUACCGGAUGACCAUAAGACGUAUCUGGAUAGUAAACUCAUGAAAUGGGUGGUCGAUCUGUGCGAACCGGAAACGAACACGUCCGUUUUUGAUGAAGGGAUAGUACGGCAGCAGCAGCAACAGCAACAGCAACUGCCACAAUCUCAACAGCAACAGCAAGUCCAGCAGCAGCAGCAGCAGCACCAGCAGCUGCAACAUCAACCUUCGGGCCCAUGCGAUGGCAUGGAGCAGCUAGACCUGGAACUACUGGCUUUACGCUUCCCAGGAGAUAGACGCAUCGAUUGCGUCCGGGCGUUCCUCGAUAGCACGCAGCAAGUAACGAUCGAUAUCGUGCAAGCACGAAGCGUCUCAGAUCAUGAUUUUACCGAAGAGCAGGAGAAGCGACUGUACGCGCUCUGUCUACGCACGAUGUCACAACCGAUCGGGCGCGGUAUGUUCACGUUCGCCACGUAUCUACCGCAGGAGGCGGAAGUAUUGGCUGCCCCGAAGCUCUGCCUCACCGGUCGCGAUCCGGAGCGGGGUGCCACGGUCGAGAUUCAUCAGAUCGAAGUCCCGACGAACAUGGAGCUUUGGCCGACGUUCCACAAUGGUGUUGCGUCCGGGCUGCGGCUUAGCCCGGAGUCUCCGGGCAUUACGGCCGCCUGGAUCAUGAACAACAGUUCCCGGUUGUCCGCCACCAACCGCAAAUCAACCGCAGAAGAGCGUAUCGAGCAUGGUGGGUUUCUGUUGGCGCUCGGUCUCACCGGUCAUCUGCACAAACUGGAGCUGUAUCCGAUCUACGAGUACAUGGUGCAGGGUGAAGACAUUGUUCGUGUCGCUCUGCUGAUUGGCCUUUCUGCUUCCCGCCGUGGCUCGAUGGAUGAAACGCUCACGCGGAUGCUAUCGGUACACCUGGAGGCGUUGCUGCCACCGACAUCGGUCGAUCUGGACAUCGCACAGAAUGUGCGGGUUGCGGCGUUGAUGGGACUUGGGCUGCUGUACCAUGGAUCGUGCCACAGUCGUACGGCCGAGGUGUUACUACAGGAGAUUGGCCGACCACCGGGUCCGGAGAUGGAAAACUACCUUGAGCGUGAAUCGUACGCGUUGACCGCUGGUCUAGCGCUCGGUUUGGUUACCCUCGGUCAGGGCACACGCUCCAAGAUGCUGGACGAGCGCCGCAUUCCGGAGAUGCUUUACAACUACAUGAACGGUGGCACACGGAUGCCGGCAGUCGGGCCGCAGAAGGAAAAGUACAAACUGUCGUCGUUCCAGAUCCGUGAGGGCGGUGCCGUGAAUGUUGAUGUAACGGCACCGGGCGCUAUCCUGGCGCUUGGACUGAUGUACCAUCGCACCGGUGACACGACCAUUGCCGGUUGGCUACAUGCCGGUCCCACCAAUCAGGAGGGACAGUUGAAACACAUGCGCCCCGAUAUGCUGCUGUUACGUGGCCUCGCCCGUCAUCUCAUUCUGUGGGAUAAGAUUGAACCGACCACGGCUUGGGUGCACGGACAGAUGCCCCCCACAUUAAAGGACACGGUGGCAAGCAUCAAGAGUUUCUAUCGGGCACAGAAGACGCAACCUACGCUUCGUUGGGACUCACCGCACCGCUGCUGGGACUCGGCAGUGCCACAGUGUGAUUGGCCGAACCUGCCAGCUACUCAGUCCGAGGCCGAAUUCGUAUGCCAGGCGCACUGCAACAGCCUCUGUGCGGGUUUGGUCGCGAUUGGGUUGCGAUACGCUGGGACGGCCGAUCAGCAAGCGACGGACACGGUGUACGAUGCGAUCCGCUACCUGUUGGCGUUACGACCGAACAGACCGAUCGGCAAUCUGGCCGGCAG